UCUGUCACUCCUGUGCCUCUUACUGAGUAGAUAAACUGAUUUUUGCAUUCAGCCCAGCCAGAGCCAACAUGAAGACAGCCACAGUCUUGGUUCUGGUCGCUUUCUUUGCCAUAAUGAUGGGCGCGGCCUGUGCUCUGUCUUCUCCCGAAGAAUUACAGAAACCUGGAGCUUGUCCCGUUCUGCCGCCAAAUACUUUUGGAACUUGUGAUGAGAGAUGCACAGGAGAUGACUCAUGCUCUGGAGAAAUGAAGUGCUGCAGCAAUGGUUGUGGUCAUGUCUGCAAACCUCCUGUCUUCAAAGUGAGUAUUGUCCUCUGUCUUACUUUCCUUUGUG